AUGGGUUCACCGACGCCCCAGCCCAACGCGGCAAACCCGAAAUCUCCGAUGCCUCGCAAGAGGAAGCGAGGACGGCACGCCGUUGCGUGCGAGUCGUGUCAUCGGCGAAAACAAAGGUGCAAUGGAUCACGGCCAUGCUUCAACUGCGAACGGCGAGGCGUCGGCCCGUCUUGUUCCUACAGCCACCUAGAUGAAGGUGACCGGAGAGGAACAUCACGUCAACAAGCACCGACCCAAGUUUCGCCGGCUGUCAACUUCGAAACGCCAAUAUCUCCCCCGUCCACAAGCGAAAUCCCACCUCAAGAACCCGAAAGACCCGAUGGAUCUUCGGCAUCUGGCACGAUUCCCUCGAGAUCUUCAAGCAGGGGAGGAAGACGCCAAGGCGACAGUGGCCAGGACCAGCAGUCGGAGUCGCUCGUUGGCAACCUCUUCAAGAGCCGCGAUGCGCCAUCGUUCUUCGGUUCCUCCUACUUCGGCCCUCAAGCCGCGGCCAAGAUCAUCCAGGCCCCCGCGCCGGAGCUCUCGUCCGGCCUGAGCCAGAAGGGCCAAGCGGGUUCGACGCACUCGUUCCGGGACGAGGACGGGCCAUUCUCGCAGAUCUGGGAGCUGCUCGGCCUGCUGCCGCGCAAGAAGUCGACCUGCGAUCGGCUGACGGACUGCUUCCUCCACGAACUCAACUGGGCCAUCGACGCCGUGCAGCCGAGGUCCUUCAAGGCCAAGUACGAGACCUUCUGGUCCCGCAAGUUCGGUUUCGACGACUUCGCCACCAUCGACCUGCGCUGGCUGGCCCUGCUGUUCAUCGUCAUGGCCUACGGCGUGCUCCUGGACUGCCCGAAGCCGCGGAACAAGGAGGUCCAGCGGGAGGUCUACGACACCUCGCAGCGCUUCUACUGGGCCGCUCGCAGAGCCAUCGUCAUCGCGCCGACCUUCUACGGCGAGUCCACCGACCUUGUCCGCGCCGGUGUCCUCGUGACCCGCUACCUCAUCUACACGCGCCGUGUGCCGGAGUCAUGGCUCACAACCAGCUUCGCGAUGCGCAUGGCCCAGGCCCAGGGCAUGCACAUCGACGGCGAGAGAUGGCGGCUUCCCCGAAAGGAGACCGAGACGAGACGCCGGCUGUGGAGUAACCUUUACAUGCUCGACAAGACCAUCGCCCUCGCCCUUGGACGCCCCUUUGCCAUAGUCGACCAGCAGUGUCUGGUGAAGCAGGCCUCCAACGUGUGGCUUGAUGAUCUGGACGAUGAGGAAGCCGCCGGUGUCCCCGAGGCACCCCUCUCAGAGCCGACUGCGAGCGUCUUCAGCCGGCUUGCCCACGAGCUCGCCGUUGUCGUCGGCAAGAUCCAGGAGCGGUGUUUCGGCCUGUUCACCGUAUCCUACGAGACAGUCUUGACACUCGAUAAAGAGAUCGAAGCCUGGAGUGGCAGCUUACCGCCGUACUUUGAGCUGGAGGACCCCGACAGAGACAAAGACGAUCGCCUGCCCUUCUUACCCUGGCAGAGGCUCCAUCUGCACAGCAUGUACCACUUCGCCAGGGUCACCCUCCACCGCCCGUUCCUCCUCCGGCAGUCCAUCACGAACAGGUACAAGCACAGCCACGACGUCUGCAUCGCGUCCGCCUGCGCGGACCUCGAGAUGGGCCUCAAGCUCUUCGGCCAGCCCCUCAACGACCGCCUGAAGUGGAGCCUGGGCCCGCACAACCUCUUCAACAGCGCCCUGGUCCUCGGCAUCAUCGCCGUCCGCGACCCGCACUCGCGGCGGUCCCAGGCCAUCCUCGAGGACCUGGCGGCGUACUGCGAGAUGCAGAGGAACGACGUGUGGCUCAACGAGUUCGCCCUGGCCGAGGUCAAGAUCGUCGAGCUGUGCGUGAAGAAGGCCCGGCAGUCGCAGCCACCGCCGCCGCCCGGCACGUUGGUCCCGCUGGCUCUCGCAUCCGCGUCGCCGAGUAGGAGACCUUCGCAGCCGGCCGGGCCGACGCCCGUGAUGCAAACGCAGCCCCAGCUGCCGGUCGAGAGCCCGGACUUUGACCCUCUGAUGGCCGGGCUGGGCCUCCCGUAUAGUACGACGAGUGCGCAGAUGACUUGGGAUGACCCGGGCUUCUUUCUUCCUGAGAGCGGAGACUUGUCACAGUGGGAACAUGUCCUCAACACCAUCAUGCAUGAUCAGACGAGCGUUUAA